ACAUCAAAAUUCAUCACCCAACAGCUCUAUUAUUUAAAUUAAUUCCCAGUCAAACUCAACUCUGUCCCUAGCAUAUAUUAUGUACUCAACAUUGAGAAAGAAAGAAGAGAUUGAUAUCCUAGCCAAGAAAUUAAGAUGAUGGUCAUGGAGAAAAUAAUGAGGAAGAAGCAUUUGGUAGCGUCAAUUGCCCUCUUCAUAUUUCUUUCCUUUACAUUACUACUUCACAAGGCAGAGUCAUCCAGGGCCGCCGCAGGCGGCGGCAAGCACUUCGUGCUGGUGCACGGGGCGGGGCACGGGGCCUGGUGUUGGUUCAAGCUGGUGCCGCUGUUAAGGUCGUAUGGUCACAACGUCACCACCAUGGACCUGGCGGCCUCCGGGAUAGACCCGCGGCAGCUGGAGGAUGUCCGGUCCACCUCCGAUUACUUCCAGCCGUUGACAGACUUCAUGGCGGCUCUUCCGCCGUCGGAGCGGGUGGUCCUGGUGGCUCACAGCUACGGAGGGAUCGGAAUAUCGCUGGCCAUGGAGAGGUUCCCGGAGAAGAUCGCGGUGGCUGUUUUUGUGACUGCGUUGAUGCCCGGACCUUCACAAAACAUCACUGAACUCGCCAAUCGAGUGAUGUCCAAUGUGAAUCUACUAGACAGCUUUUAUAUAUAUGGCAAUGGGCCUACCAACCCUCCUACGGCUCUUGUCUCCGGCCCGAAAACGUUAGCUCGGAAUUUGUAUCAACUCAGUCGAGUCGAGGAUUGGACACUAGCAACCACGUUGGUGAGGCCAUUCCCCUUAUUUCCCGGAGAAGAAAUAUCAAAUACGUUGAUCUUAUCAGCUCAAAAUUACGGGUCGGUCCACCGGGUUUUUAUAAUUGCUAAUGAAGACAAGGCGAUCACCAAGGAUCUUCAACGCUCGAUGAUCCACAAAAAUCCGCCGAAAAAAGUUGAAGUGGUCACCGGAGCUGAUCAUAUGUUCAUGAUGUCUCAGCCUAUUCAGCUUUCCUUUCAUCUUCAAGCUAUUGCUUUGAAGUAUUCAUAAUUGAAAAUUAAGUGUGCUCUCAAGAUUGUAAUAUUUUCAUUAUGGAAUAAAAGAUAAAAUUAAGUGUGCUCUCUAGAUUGUAAUAUUUUCAUUAUGGAAUAAAAGAUACAUGUAAAAUUUAUGUACUUGAAAAUUAUAGAAUUUAGUUUAAUUUUCCAUGUGAAA